CGCAUUCUAUUCUAUUUUCCACAGUUUCCUUCUCCCUGUUGGAUACUGCAACAAACACUCAGAGCAGAGGAAAGCCCACCUAACCAAAACAAAUAGAAAAUGGAACGAAACAUUCGCUUGCACGAUCUAAGCAAAUCCCACCUUUAGAUAUUUAUAUUUCUUUUAUUGUAUAAACAAAUUUUCCCAAAAAAAGAGGCUCGUAUACUCGAGCACGCCGCAUUCGUUUCAUUCAUAUAUUUCGGUUUUGCUUUUUCUUCGGUUUCUGGUUAACCAGACUUUUGCUGAGAAAGCCCAGAAAGGAGAUUGGUUUUGCGGUUCUGGUUCUUUUCCUUCUUUACAGUUUACACAGGCGUCUGCUGAAUAUUCAGGUUUUGGCGGUUGAAGAUCUCUUGAAAACCUUUCCAGCUUGAAGUUGUGUGUAAUUUGAAACUUUUGAACUAGAGAUUGGGCUCUUGUGAGUUUUGUUCUGUAUCAAUCUGAUGGCUGAUGGGAGUGUCAAUUCACCAGUGACUCCAGAAAGAACUAAACCUAAUGGCAACAAUUUGAGAAGAAAUUCUACAGGAAAAGCAAGUUCUUCAAACACCGGAGAAAGCAUUCUUCCUCAUUAUCUCAGGGCGUCAACUGGUUCCUGCCAUGAUUUUUGUAAGUAUGGAAGAAAACAUGCAUUUGAAGAAAAGGAAAGCUGUUCCAUGCUGAAAAGAGUUGUAAAAACAUCAUAUGAUAGCAGAAAUCCAGCGGUGACUGUAGCUCUGCCAAGGAGAAAGGAGACAGUAGUGACCAAGCUCAAACCUUCACAUGAAUCUCAAUCCUAUACAUCUGAUACCCCUCGGACCAUUAAGCAUGAAGUGUCAAAACAAUCACUUGACAGUCAAAAUCCAGCAGAAAGGGAUGUUCUGGUUGAGAGGAAAAAGAAAUCAGGGGUCGAGUUUAAGUCUUCGUCUUAUUCAAAAACACCUUCACAUGAGUCCGAAUCCUAUUCAUCUGGUACCCCUCAGACCAUUAAGCGUGAAGUGUCAAAACAAUCACCUGACAGUAAAAAUCAAUUUGAAAGUAAACUUCUGGUUGAGAGGAAAAAGAAAUCAGGGGUGAAGUUUAAAUCUUCACCCUCUUCAAAAACCUAUAUCUCUCAUAACCCCAAAAUUAUGAAGCAGGAAGUGUCAUCUACUGAAAAGGCGAUAGUUUUUCCAAGAAAAGGUUCAGCAAAGGCUAAAGAUUUAAACUUGUCCAUGAAGCAUGCUACUUCUUUGAAGCCACAAUCUUUGACAGUGAAGCCAAGGUCUUUUCCAAAUUCCACAGGAGGUAAAAGUGGCCUAAGAAACAGUGAUGUCAAGAUUGGCAAGAUGACUGGGACCUUUAGAGUAGCUGCAAAGAAGGUUCUGGCUCCUCCACCAGCCUCAUUGUCUUCAAAGUCUUCUGUCAACAAAGUUGCAACUGUAAAUGAAAGAAAGCACGUGGACUUGAAAAUUGUGUCUCCUUAUACAAAUAACAAGAUCAGAAAAGCUGAACCUAAGCAACAUGAUGAGGUUCAGGAGAAAACCCUGUAUGUCAUCAAGAUGGAAACUGAGAAUAAACCUCUGGAAUCUGAUCAAAAUGAAAGUCAUGCUAUUGAAUUGUUGCCUGGUGCAUCAUCGCCUCCAAAGUUUUCAUCCCUCCCAAAUUCUCAGUCUUCUUCAUCCCAUGAAGAAGAUUGUGAAGAGGAAUCUGAGUAUACAAUGAGUGAAGCAGAAGACGAGUUACCCUCAGAAAGCAAUGAAACUGAGCACAUAGAAGAAGCAGAUACCGUGGAAGAGGGAUACAACAGGAGGCCCAGAAAGGCUGGGUUGGUUUGUUCUGAAGAUAAAAAUGGCCAAGCAUUGAAGUUAAAGUUCAGAAGAGGGAAGGUGGUUGAUAGUCAGUCUUUCACUAACAGCCCAAGGAGGCUCAAAUUCAAGCGGGGAAAAGUGUUAGGGGAGAGCCAAAAUGUCAAGGCCGUUGUCCGAAGGAGAAGCUUUAAGAGGCCAGAAGUUGACAGUGACACAUACGGCACCGAACUUGACCCCAAAAAAGUUGUUUUGAGACAUCAGGAUGUGCGGGGGAAGAGAGAUGCGCAAGGUUUGUUUAAUAACGUCAUUGAAGAAACAGCAAGUAAACUUGCUGAAACCCGGAAGAGCAAGGUUAAGGCCUUGGUGGGUGCUUUUGAAACUGUGAUCUCACUCCAAGAGAAAAAACCUUCUGCAAAUACUGUCACUUGAGUUGCAAAAAGAGAACCUUUUUUUCAUCGGCAAUCCCUUGGUUUUAAAAGAAUUAUACGAAAAUAAAUGUCUGUUAACAAGAUUAUGGAGCUGCAGCCAGCUUAAUAGUAGAUUGCUGCUGUUGACAUUAGAUGGCCUGGGUUGUAGAGUUGAAUGGAGAGUCUUGCAUUGUACUGAGUCGUGUGGUGUACUGUUUUUUGAGAUAUAUGACCUACAUUUUCUGAAGGUCCUGCUGCGUUUUGGCUUUCUUUUCUUUUUGAAUUUCAUGCCAAAUGUGAUUGAUUUGUACAUUGUGAAUAAAAGCAGCUUACUCUUGUCUUUAUAC